GGCGCAUUUUUCUGGAGACGACAUUUGAAAAAGCGGGGUUAGUAAUGAGGAGCUCUGCAUGUGAGGACUAGAGGAGAACAAGUCCAUCUGGCCUUUUCUAGAAGAAGACGACGCUUGUGCAACGUAAUACUCAUUAUACCAGGAGCACAAUACCAUCACUGACAACUUCCUGCGAUGUCAACACCUAAAGACGGAGAAGAAGCAGCCAAACAUACGCACGAGGAGCGCCUGUCCAGAGUGUUUGACGAAGUGAUGGGGCUUGGAGACUUUGCUGACUCCUCCAUAGGCUCUGCCAGCUCUUCCCGAAGUGGAGGCCAGGACGAGGCAAAGGGAGUCGACGAAACUUCAGGGCGAGAUGAACAACAACCGGUAGAAGAAGAGGAUAGCAACGGCAGCAGUAAAGAAGAAAAGAUGGAUGAAGGGACGGGAGAGUCAUCCUGUCCUCGCAGUUCCUCCCCUUCCACUGUCCGACCCUCCAUGUUUACCUUGGGAACUAGCAAAAGAGGAGGAGGAGGAGGAGGAGGAGGAGGAGGAAGUAGUGGAGGGGCAGCAUGUGACGAUGCACUAGAUGGCCUUCCUUCGUUUGGGCCAGAAGAAGAGGAAGAAGAAGAAGAAGAGGAUGAAGAAGAUGAAGACUGGCACUUAGCCUUGCCUAAUGCGGGUAAGGCAAAACGAAAAGCAGUCCAAACAGGAGUCGGAAGCAACACAGCUCCAGGCCAACCCUUUGCUCUUCAGCCCAGAGAGGAGGAAGAGGAUGUGGAGGAGGAGCAAGAGAGGGAAGGGAGCACAGAGUCUGCUAACACCUCCCACUCCUCAAAGGACCACACGCCUGAUAACAGCCGAGAUGGAGGCGUCCUGAACCAGACAGAGGAAACUGAAGAUAGCCAGGAGGGAGAGAGGUCAGAGGCAGCUCCGAUGGAGGACAGUAAUCCCCCGUUGUCUACUGCAAUCAAUAUUAAAGAUGAGCCCAUCGAUGAGGGCUACGACAAUGCUUUACUGCCUCAGAGCUCCAUCAGACAGAUCAAAGAGGAGCUGGAGAAUCAGGAGGAGGAGCUGAGGAUCAGCUCCGUCUACUCUGUCGGUGGAGGGAACGCCUUCACGUCGCCUACCGUUCCAGCAGCAGUCCCAGCUCCCCCUACGACGGCCAUUUUUAUCCCAGGUAGAGGUGCUGUCUUACAAGCCAUGGCACCCUUCCCUCUCAGACCCACAGCUCCAAUCCCAAGUUCCCUACCAGCUCUGGCACCAGCACCCCUACGCCCACCUCCGCCCUCCGUUCCCGGGAGCGUUCGCUGCAGUGGAUGCUCUAAGGUUCUGCUGAAAGGCCAAACAGCGUUCCAAAGAAAAGGUUCGACGCAGCUCUUCUGCUCCACGGUCUGUCUGACCGGCCACCUGCCUGCAGCCAACAAGAACCGAUCCUGUUUCCAGUGCAACAGGGAGAUCCUUCAGCCCAGGGACAUGAUCACGAUUCCGGGAGACGACAACACCUACAUCAACUUCUGUGGCCAGUUCUGUCUGUCCGUCUUUAGACACAAGAAGAAAACGUCUGACAAGAUUCCUGAAAGAAGACUAGAGAAGAAACCCGAGAAGCCGCCUGAGAAACCAGUGGAGCGACCGCCAGACAAACCCGUCUGCAGUGUCUGCCGAGUCUCUAAUAGGCAGAUUGAGCAUGAGGUCACCCAUCAAGGUCGUCUGCACAGACUCUGCAGUGAUGCUUGCUUUGUAACAUGGCGCAAGAUGCGGCACUUAGCCAUGAACUGCUGUGAAGGCUGCGGACUUUACUGUAGCAGCAGCUCAGGCUCCUGUCAGACGCUCACAAUCGAAAGAACUCAGCUCAACUUCUGUGGUCCCACCUGUAUUAGCACCUACAAACAGAACUGCAGAAAGACUGUUGAAUGUGCCUACUGUCACAAAAUGGCAAUAGUGUCUUUCACCAUCAUGGAACGAGACCAAAGGGGCAAAGUCCAGCUGUACUGUUCAUCUGCUUGUGUAGAACAAAGUCGACCUCCAAGACACAUCCUCACUGGUACUGCAUUCCCCUGCUGCCUGUGCAAGGUGUCCGCUGUUCCUCAGUAUCAUCUGGCCAUGGUGGAUGGCACCAUUCGUAACUUCUGCUCCUAUGACUGUGUUACCAUAUACAGGAAGUCCGGGGCCAAUUCUCAGCCGGACCUCAUCAAUGGAACCUCCGUUCUCAGGGACCCCUCCCUCAGAGAUGCCCCCAGACAAGGGCCCUCUGCCGGAGCCAGCUCAGUCCCUCCCAUCCCUCAGGACCACCCAUCUUCAGUCCCCUACCAGGGCCACCAUCCCAGUCAUACCUCAGUGCCCCCAUUGGUGCCUCCCUUCCCAGCCAUGUCCUCCCCCUCUGUCCCAGGGCCAGCUCAGGCCAGAGCACCUGCUGGUCAGCCCCUGAAGCCAGCAGAGGGCGGGCCCAGUGACCCCUCGAAGCUGACCUGCCAUCAGUGCAGCAAACAGUUCAACAUUAAGCCGCUGCUAUUCAGUCACCAAGGUCAUAUUUCUAUGUUCUGCAGUAAGACGUGCUGUGAGCAGUAUAAAACCCAGAAGAACAUCCUGAUUAUGUGUGAGUUCUGUAAACAGGAGAAAGUGCUCUUUGACACCAUCAGCUACAACCAACAGGACCUGCUCUUCUGUGGUGAAAGCUGUAAGCAACUUUUCAAACAUGACCUGACAUCUCGUAACAAGGAGCAUCCUUGGCGUCCCUGCACCUACUGCGCCGGGAUCAGCCAGAAGAUGCUGCACAGCCACUACGGAGGCAGGAUGGAGGAGUUCUGUAGACCCCACUGCAUGUCCCAGUACACUGUGCUCUACUAUGGGAUGGGUCGAUGUGAUGGUUGUAGGAAACAGAGCUACAUGACCGAGAAGCUGCAGUGUUUGGGUUCAGUCCGUAAUUUCUGCAACCUGCCCUGUCUGCUGCAGUACUGCUACCUGCAUUUUGAGACGAGCCACCACAGCAGCAGUAACGGUACUGGAAUGGCCCCACAAAAACCAUUUGCUCCAACGCAGCCCCACCACUCCUCAAAGAUGAACCCUGUCAUAGCUGAUGUCGUGUCACUGGCCAACGGCUCUGCCUCUCAGCCCAGUGUGUCAGCAGAUACUGCUCUUACUGGAGCACUUCCGACCUCCAACGUUGACGGCAAGAACCUAGACCAUGCCAGUACUCAGACGGAUGCCAUGCGAGUGCCUAUGCCCCGUCGACGUCAAAUGAAGAAUAAGUCAGUUCUAUGUCGGCCCUUCACCAUGGACCAAGAGAGCAUGUGCCAACUGCCCACCCCCUUCGAUGAUUUAGCAGCUCUGACUCUGCCCUCAGUUAGCUCCUCUGCAGGAGAGGAGAAGGUGAAAGUGUUGAUGGUGCCAGUCCCAGUACCGAUCUUCAUUCCAGUGCCUAUGAACAUGUACUCCCAGCACACACCUGUUCCUAUGGCCAUGCCCGUUCCUGUCCCAGUACCCAUCAUAGUACCACCACAGAGGAAGGACAUGAAAGACACAGCAGUACAGUCAGAGCCGGAGGCUGUGGAGGAAGAAAAACAGAAAGAUGGGCCUGUUACCAGAGCAGACCAGAGCAGUUCUUUUAAUGGAGACGUGAAGUCCAAGGUGGUCGGUCCCAUAAUCCGUGAAGAUGAGGAAACUGAAAAGGCCGUACAAGCCAACCUGCCACAUACUGUAAGUGCAGAGAGCAGCACAGAGUCAACUGAUCCCCAACUUAAUACCCAGACAGAGGGGACCACGACGGCAAGCGACCCACCAUCCACCAGUGCUGAGCCUCAAAAUCCCUCCUCUCCAAUGAUGGACUUGGAGGCUGACAUCCCGAAUGAACCGUUGGAUCAGAAGUCACCUGCUCCACAGAGAGGUGUGAAGAGACCCAGAGAAGGUUACACGAGCCGGAAACGGGGUCGAAGACGAACUGUUACAUUGAACCGCAGCCCGGUGGUGACUCCAGUAGCCUCCAAACUGAACCACCUGUACGGGGUUAAAGCCUGGAGGAGUUGGGUCCGACAGCAAAACAAACACCCUAGAGAAUCCAAUCUAGUGGAUAUUAAAGAAGACGUCCUUCAGUGUGACUCUGCUGAGCUGAGCUUUGCCCUGUCUCACUUCAUCAGAGACGUGAGGCGGCCCAAUGGAGAGGCCUACAGCCCAGACAGCAUCUUCUACCUCUGUCUGGGGAUACAGCAGUAUCUGUUCAUGAAGGGCCGCAUAGAGAACAUCUUUACCGACCAGCUGUACAGUCAGUUUGCGACCAAGAUCAGCGGGAUGCUGUCACUCUGGAAACCUAGACUACUACCUAGUGGCGGUGCUGUCUCCUCCCGUGUGGUGGAGUCCUACCUGUGGGAGUGUAAGCAGCUGGGCGCCUACUCCCCCAUAGUGUUGCUCAACACACUGCUCUUCUUCUGCACCAAAAACUUCAGCUUCACCACACUGGCGCAGCACCAAAGCCUCUCCUUUACCAACUUCACGCGACACUCCAAAACCUGCAACCGAGCCGGCAAGGUCCACUACCUCCGAUACCACAGAAGCAGCCCUGCCACAGCACACACAGAGCGAUUCAGAAAAAGACAAGGAGAGGAAGAGGAGGACCUCGAGAUGCUUGAAAAUGUUGCUAACCCUCUACACUGUCCUGUCAGACUCUACGAGUUCUACCUCUCUAGAUGCCCUGAGUCGGUGAAGACCAGAACUGACGUGUUUUUCCUGCAGCCUGAGCAGAUUGUGCACACUACCAGUUCCCACUGGUACACCGCUCAACCGUUGGAGGCCGCCACCCUACAGAGCAUGCUCACACGCAUCUUGGCCGUCAGAGAGGUUCACCAGCACCUGCAACACGGAGCAGCUCAGCAUCAGCCCUCAGCCGCUGCCGACAAUGACAGUUUACAGUGACACGGAGCUCUGCUUGUUCACACCCUGCUUAUGGUCUUCUGUGCAGCGGAAAACCCCCUCUGAUGGGAAACGGCUUAACAGUGAAUGACAGCUGUACGUAAACCCCGUCAGUCAUGCAGAGGGAGGCUGACGGGUCUUUGAAACGGGAAGACAGAAAGAAGACACAAUCAAAGGACGACUUUGUCACAAGCGAUCGUUGCAUCUAGUUUACUCAGUGGCCAUCCCCUCCCCCAAACACGCACAAUGAGUUGACAUCUAAAACUCUAAAAUAUAAAAAAGGAAUUGUGUUACAGGAGUUUAUUUCUCAUCAUGUCACACCAGAGUGAUAUUUAUGCCUAUCAUUUAUAAUGUGGCAGCUUUGUUAACUAUCAGUAAUAUCCAUGCCAAUCCUGUCAGAUGAUAUCUUUAUGUCAGAGACAGACUUCUGCAAUAGAAGACAGGUGUGAGCAUCAAACGUAGACGACGGCGAGAGUUUACAUCCAUCAGGCCCUGUCAGAUGUGUUGAUUGAUGGGUUGGAAAUGUUCUGUUUUUUCGUUUGCCCCUCUUUGCAUCAGCACAGUAUUUUAGGAUUGCUUUUAAAUUUCACCAAAAUCUAAAACAAUGGCAUUUUGGGAACAAAAAAAAUAACUACAUAAAAUGUAACCUCUGCAUUUAACCCAUUGUAAGCAUUAGGAGCAGUGGGCUUCUGUUCGGUAUCACGCUCAGAGACACUUUGUCAUGCUGACAGGACGAGCCAACCUUGUGGAUGAGUUAACCGGGAGCUCUACCUGCUGGUCCACAGACGUCAACUGGUGAGCAGGUUUUUAUAGCUUGACAGUGUGACGAGUUCAUCCAUAGCUGCACAAAAUUUGGUUUAAACAGGCCCUAUUAUGCUAUUUUCCAUGUGCAUAUUUUUAUCUCAAGUUACAGUUACAACCUGUUUACAUGCGUUAAUGCUCAUAAUCCGCCUUGUUUUUCUCAUCCUGGCUGUCCUGCAGCACCUCUUCUCACCCUCUCUCUGAAAUGCUCUGUUGUAGCGCUUGCUCCUCCCUCCAGAAAGCAAAGUCUGCUCUGAUUGGUCAGCUAGCCCGCUCUGUUGUGACUGGUCAACCUUUCACAUUUCAUGAAACUCUUCCUCCGGAGCUUCAGCUCCGUCUCUCUCUUUUGUUGUUUGAGGGCCAAACUAGCCGGAAGGAGUUUUACAUCACUUCCGUAACAUUAUGACCUCAUAAAGUUACGGAAGUGAAGGAGAGAAUUCAAUGGAGCCGUUUCAGGAGCUCAGGAGCUUCUGAGGGGGAGGGUAACUCCUUUUAGGCGUGGACUUCAGGUUUUACACUCUACGGACCUUUUACAUGUAAAAAAUAUAUAUAACACUAAAGAAGAGGGAAAAAGUGUAAACGCAUAAUAGGGCUCAAGUGAAGCACUCCUCACAGACAUCCAGUGUACUUUUGAUAAAUGGAACUUCAAAUAUGUAGUUUAAAACAAAUGCUUUGACCAAUAUCAGAUUGUUGUUAAACCAGUAUACUGUAUAUCAGUGUAACCCUUGUACUGAUAGAGGAGACUCACAGUGCCUCUCAUCUUUUGUUGUUUUAUUGUCAUCUAGUUAUCUGAUUUUAUGUUGUUCCCCUUUUUAUAUUCUUCAACCUGUGUGGCCUUAUAUACCUGCAAACAAAUUUCCCUUCUCCCCGUUUUCCCUGCAAGACACACUCAUAUAGCUUCUUGAGGUAAAGUGGAGUAGCUCAUAACUCACAUCCACUUAAUUGCAGUGCAUAUAAUGUCCUAUACUUUAUAACAUGGGUAGGCAACCUUAGGCACGGGUGCCACCAUUGGCAGGCGGGAGCUAAACCAAUGGCACGCUAGCAAUACGUGUGCACGAGAGUGUUUUUUGGAAAUGUUGAAGUGCUUUCCCAUCAGCAUGCCGCAUAUAUGGAUGGAAUGAAAUCACGGAUCAGUUGAAGAUUUAAAUUUUGAUGUGGUAUUAUAAUUUUAACUUAAUCAUUAUAGUAAUUAAACACCAAAGUCAACUUUAAUGUAUAUCAUAAAGGUUGCCGACUUCUGCCCUUAACCUUGAAGCAUAGCUUUAUUUAAAGACCACGAUUCUAGAAUAUAAAAAAUGACGGCCGCACCACUAUCAUGACUGAGUGUUACAACUAUUAUGAUAAUAAUUAAAGUGGGACCUCUGCUCCCUCUAUGCUUUCCCUGUAUGUAUUCCUGUAACCUUCCUCUUUUUAACCGUGCCAAUAUCUUCACUCCUCUUUUUGUUUCUCCUCUUGCACUUGCCUUUGUUCCCUGAUAUGGAAAGUGGAAUUGGGAGAAUUUGGAUGAGCAGCAGACAACUCAAAGUAUCACAAUACUUUUCUUAACCCUGACCCUCGACUCUUCCUGUCCUAUAACUAAUGGCGUUUGUAGUAUUCUAUGAUUUUUGUUGGCCAUGCAUCCAAUCAAAAACAAGUAUUAUUAUGACAAUGUGCCUAAGGUAUUUACCACUGUGUCGGUAGUGGUCACUUUUGCUUCUGUUCAUCCAUUCAAGAUCAAAGGUCUGUUGUAGAUAAACGCUCAAAUGGACCUCUGACUUUUAAUGGAUUCUAAAUUUGUAAAGUUAUAAAUAAUUUGGAAAACAUGGUUGGCCCAUCGGGUCGCUGCUCAUCCACGUCACAGCACUUGUCAAAGAGAUGUUAAAUUUACAAAAACAUGUAUGGACUAAUAACUUCCAUUUGACAUCAGUGACUCAUUUCAUAUAAAUCUGGAUCAUGAUUUUUUUUUUUAUAACAAAUCUUAAAAACUCCUUUCAUAUGAAUUCUCCCUGUUCAUCCGACCAGCUGAGAUUAAAUGAAAAUAUUACCAUUUAUUCUUUUGUUUCAUGGUAAUAAUGACUCCACUACCCACAAUGCACCACGUGUUUCCCAAUGGAUCUAUUUUGUUUGUUUCAGCUCUUAUUAUAUUUCGUCAUGGAGGCCAACGUGCCUUUCCUUUCGCCUCAUGUUCAUGUUUUAUAUCCGAUCCGUGUUACAGUGUAAAUCUGAAGUUGAGAUGUCUGCUGACAUUAAGCAUGCAGCGUGUCGACUGGUGGUGAUCAUUUAGCAUUACCCAAACAAAGAGCUGUGUAAAUGCUGGUGAACUUCUUUAAAUGACACACUGUGGUGCAGAGGAAAUGCUGUAUUGUCAUCAAGUAUUAAAAAUCAUUUUAUUCCUUUCUUUCGUUGGU